AUGAGGAACCAUUUCUUUUAUCUUUUGAGGAGUUUGAAGUACCAGACCUGUUUGAAGAAAAGCCAGGACGUUAUUUCGGGGUGUCUGCAGGUGUUGCGACGUAUGAGUCUGGACACCACCCUGCGCGUCCAAGAUCACAUCGCUGCCAUGCGAUUCUUCACAUUCGACAUGUUGGAUAUGGGAAAUGCCUGCUGCAGCAACCGGUACUCUGAGCAGUUCAUCUUCGGGGAUGACAGCUAUAAUGUAUUCGAAGACGAAAAAAUGGUCGAGUUCUUUGAUACACUGCUAGAGGAAUCCGAGGAAGAGUUGUACGCAAGAGCUGCGACCAUCUCCAGCCAGCCCAAUGUCUUUGUCGAAUUCUGA